UAUGACCAAUGCAUGUUAAGAAAAAUAAAAUAAAAUGAGAUAAAAAAAAGAAUCUAGCUUUUUUUGUUUUGUGUGAUUAUAGUCUGUCCUUGCUGUAGUUGUUGGUUUUAUAAUAGUUCACUUUUAUUGUGGAGAGCAGAACUGUUAUUGACAUAAUCAACAGCAUCGAUUUAGCCACAUUACUUUUAUUUUGCAAACUCAGUUUAGAUUAUAACAAUGCUGCAUGCAAACUUUGCAGUACUACCUAUUAAAGACGUAAAUUAAACCAAACCACCAAACAACAAACCAUUUCCAGUAAGCGGGGAUUUACGUGUUGGGAGCAUGAGAAAACCUGGGUCGUGUCCCGUGUGGUUCUGGGAAAACCCAGCUUCUACAUAUAUGGACAUCCUUUUCCUGAGUCACUUCCGGUAACCGCUCACUACCUUCCGUUUUGUGAGAAAAAGAAACCAUUUCAGGAGCAGGAGAAACCAAUCAGAAAGCGCAUUGUCCUGAGUCUUCGACCAAUAGCAUUUCACACACACGGACCGAAAGUUCCUUAUUAAGUUACCCGCUCCUCAGUGUUGUCAGUCUGUCAGGUAAACGAGCAGAUAUGAAGUUGGUCUACGAUAAUAUCCGAGUUCUUUACAUUGCAACUGAUUGUGUGGAGCCGUAUGUGGAGAUUAUCAGAGUCAAGGACUCCAAACGACGCUCGAGUCUGUGCAGUUCUGACAGUUCUGAGGUGGAGGAGCCUGAGUACCAGGAGGAAGUCGAUGAUGUUCCGCCUCUCCUUAGUGAGAACAGCCAUCUGUUAAAUGACCACAACCUGGAGGAGCUCGCUGCUAACUUGCCGGCGAGGACCCGAGGCAAUUCAUGGAAGUUGGUCUACAGCACUGUUGUCCAUGGAAGCAGCCUGAAAACUCUGUACAGGAAUAUGGCGGAUAUGGACAACCCAGUGCUGCUGGUCAUUAAGGACAUGAACAAAAAGGUUUUUGGUGCUUUUUCAUCAGACCCUUUUAGAGUCAGUAAAUACUGCUAUGGCAACGGGGAAACCUUCCUGUUUAGGUUCAACCCCAAGUUUCAGGUUUACAAGUGGAGUGGAGAGAACUCCUACUUUGUGAAUGGCAAAUUGGACUCUCUGCAAAUUGGUGGAGGAGGUGAUGGCUUCGCUCUUUGGUUGGAUGCCAAUCUUUAUCGUGGGGCGAGUUUUUCCUGCUCUACCUUUAACAAUGAUCCACUUGCCACACAAGAAGACUUCAUGGUCCAAGAUCUGGAGGUAUGGACUGUGCAGAAUUAAAGGAGUAGAUCUGGGCUUCUCAAGAAGCAACUGUGAAGUUGCAAAACUUUAAGUCUUCGUGGGGCUCCUACAGUUUAGCUGCUACUGUGCAUCUGCUGAUAGAAGUGUUGCUCCUGUAUCAGAUCAGAGCAUCUGGCUGAGAUUAGCUCACACACAGAUCACAUUAAGCCGGUGUCUGUGUUAUUUUGGGCUGGCCAUAGCACCACUUUGAUAGGUGUUCAAUAGAAAUGGCCACAUGGAGUUUUAAGAUGUCAUGCCGUGCUGUUGUAAACCACCAGCCUUUUAUCAGCUCCAUGCUAAGCCUAGUUAAGAACUGGCCUGUCGAGCUUUUAGCUCCUCAUGCCCUCAUAUAUAUUGAGUGUUAUGUGUAACGAAGCUCAAUGUAUAAACUAUAUGAAAUUUUAAAUUUGUUUUAAACACGUUCCGUUAUUGAUUUAUUUUCAAUUAAUUUUAAAUCUUUAUUUAAAAGUUAAUGUCUGACAUGUUUUUAUGUGUGAUAUGUGAUUAAGUGUGAUGUUCUUUAUGUCAUGUGUUUUUAAAGCUUAGCUCACAUCGUCGAUAAACAUUUGCAUUAAGUCACAAGUUUAUAUGUUUAUUCAGUGGUGAAAACACUGUAAUGUGAUUAGUCUCGCAAUAUAUGUGGAGGCUUUGAUUUGUGAGCCGUUUCUCAUGUGGUCUUCAUUUCCUUUUCUUCCAAAAUACAGCAGUCACUACAUGCCUUAUCAAUGUUUAGGGGUAAUAAAUAGAAAGAGUUGCUCUAUACCUACUGUAAUUUACAAACGGCAAAGUUUGUCUGUGUAGAAAACAGCCUCAACCGUUGACUGUUACUUCCCUUUUUCAGAGACACCUGCCUAAUUAUUUGCAAAAGCUGUGUUGUAGGGUAAUGUUUCAACUUUGCUUUUAUAUACAUUUAAAUUAUUAUUUUUUUUAAGAACACGUUUACUAGGAAAGAGAAACAUGCUUGUAUCUUGUGUGCCUGGUUUUUACAUUUCUUUGUAAAUGUUAUUCUAGCAAGCAGUGCUGGCACUGACAACGUUUUGUUAAACUUUGUGGAAGCACAUUAAAUCUCUGUCGUUCCUCCAGACAA